CCUGGGGCGGGAACCCCAGGACCGGAACCCAGGCGCGCCGGUUCCUGAGUCGGGUGACCUUGAGGGAGGGGUAGAGAGAGGGACUUGGGGAGGGGUGGUGGCCGGGGAAGGGAACCUUCGCGGGGACGCGACCCGGGCGUCGGUGGAGAGAGGGAAGCGCCCUCCCGGAGCCGCACCAGGGCAGCCUCGGUUCGCGCGCAUUCCCGGGCCCUGAGCGCGGCGCCCGGAAUAGCAGCCCCGAGGUGGGGGUAGGGGCGGCCAGUGCCCGCGUGGCUCCCCCGCCCUGGGCUCCCCAAGGUCACCGGGACGCGGACGGUCGCACACCAGGCCGCAGCUCUGGGGGGCCGCGGCGCGUGCGGGGCACUCCCCUGCCGCAGAUCGGCGCCCGGGCGCGCACCGGCCGCGCGAGGGCGCACGGCGCCGCGGCCCCUCCGGACCCCGGCUGGGGCGCGCCCUGGGAGGCCGGGUGGGAGGGGCCGCCCCGGGCUCCCCCCGCCGCUCCUCGCGGGCCCCGCCGCUUCCGCCUGCCCAGGGGCCGCCCGGGGAGCCAGGACGCGCCGGCUGGGCUCUACGGGGCCGGCGGCUCUGGGGCUCCAUCCUGCAUCCUCUGCACAUGAGGCCAUGAGGCGCCCGUUGGACCAGGGCCAGGUCACCCCUCCCCGCCCCGCCCCUCAUCCAGCAGCUCCCGGCUGCUGCGGGUCUGGGAGCUGAGGGGGCCCUGGAGGCUGGGGGCCCACUGGGGGCCUCUGCCAGGCACCAGCCCCAGCCCCCACCAACCACAUCCUCUGCAAGUUCUCAUCGAAUCCUGGACUGAGCCCAGCUGGUCCCCACUGCACAGAUGGGGAAACUGAGGCUGGGGGAAGAGCAGUACCUGGCCCCUGGCCACACAGGAAGGCCCCGCCCCCUCUGGAACCUCCUGCUCCUGCUGUGGACCCUCCUGAACUGUGGUUUGGGGGGCAGCGCUCAGGGUCCGGGCGAGUGGACUCCAUGGGCUUCCUGGAGCCGUUGUUCCAGCUCUUGUGGGCGAGGGCUCUCUGUGCGCAGCCGGCGAUGCAUCCGGCUUCCUAGGGAAGAGCUGUGCUGGGGGAACACCCAUGAGUACCGCCUCUGCCAACUGCCUGAUUGUCCCCCAGGGGCCUUGCCCUUCCGAGACCUCCAGUGUGCCCUCUACAAUGGCCACCCUGUCCUGGGCACCCAGAAGACCUACCAAUGGGUGCCCUUCUACGGUGCACCCAACCAGUGCGACCUCAACUGCCUGGCCGAGGGACAUGACUUCUAUCACAGCUUCGGCCGCGUGCUGGACGGUACCGCCUGCAGCCCUGGCACCCAGGGACUCUGCGUGGCUGGCCGCUGCCUUACCGCCGGCUGUGACGGUUUGCUGGGCUCGGACACCCGCGAAGACCAAUGCGGCCGCUGCGGCGGCACCAACGACUCGUGCCUCUUCGUGCAGCGCGUGUUCCGGGACGCCGGUGCCUUCGCUGGGUACUGGAACGUGACCCUGAUCCCUGAGGGCGCCAGACACAUUCGCGCCGCCCACCGGAGCCGGAACCACCUGGCGCUGAUGGGGGGCGACGGGCGCUACGUGUUGAACGGAAACUGGGCGGUCAGCCCGCCCGGGACCUACGAGGCAGCGGGCACCCGUGUGGUCUACAGCCGCGUCACAGGGCCGGAGGAGACACUGCGCGCCGCCGGGCCCACCUCCGAAGACCUGCUCCUGCAGGUCCUCCUGCAGGAGCCCAACCCCGGCAUUGAGUUCGAGUUCUGGCUGCCCCGGGAGCGCUAUGGCCCCUUCCAGGCACAGGCUCAGGCCCUGGGCUGGUUCCUGAGGCAGCCGCAGCCUCGGGAGGUAGAACCGCAGCCCCCUGAGUCUCCCGCAGACCCAACUGUUAUCCCCCCACGGACCCCGAUCCCCACCCCAGACCCCUGCCCACCCUGCCCCGACACCCGCGGUCGUGCCCACCGGCUGCUCCACUAUUGCGGCAGCGACUUUGUGUUCCGGGCCCGUGUGCUGGGCCGCGUCCACCAGGCCCAGGAGACCCGCUACGAGGUGCGCGUGCAGCUCAUCUACAAGAACCGCUCGCCGCUGCGGGUCCUCGAGUACGUGUGGGCGCCAAGCCGCUGCCCCUGCCCACCAAUGGCCCUCCACCGGGACUACCUGCUGGCAGCCCGGCGCCUCAUCAGCCCUGAUGGCACUCGGGACCGGCUGCUUCUCCCCCACGCUGGCUACGCCCGGCCCUGGAGCCCUGCUGAGGACAGCCGCGUGCGCCUGGCCGCCCGGCACUGCCCUCUCUGAGCCCCUGGACCAGACCUCAGCCACACAGGGCUGACCAGGCUCAAAGUCUGCAUGUUUCCCCUCUUGCCGUGGCUUCCAGGGAGCUCAGAACUGUCUCCCACCUGCAGCUCUGGGACUGCAUCACACACACUCAGACACCCCUGCACUCAGUCAGAUCCACUGUCAGAAGCAGGCACACACUGGUGAGGAUACACUGAAUGGACUCUUUAACACUGAUUUCCUUUCUCACCCUGGCUGCCAGGAAAUUUGUAGUUAUUUUACACUCAGAGACUGUGUCUGCUUCUAUUCCCCUUUUUUCACACUCAUUUGCUUAGAGACCCUGUCACCCACAAGCAUGGCCCUAAUGAAGACAUACCUUAGGAGACUUUGUAAUGUAUACUUUUCCCCUCUUGCCCUGGCUACCAGGAAGCUCAUCACUGUUUAACUCACUGACACUCUGUCUCUCCCUUCUUACUGCCACUUACACACUCACCCUCACAUAUUCAGAGAUACUGUCCCAAACAGGCAUGACCCCCCCUAGAAAACAUGCCUACUCAGGCACUGUAACGUACCAAUUUCCCCUUUUGCCCUGGCAACCAGGAAGUUCAGAGAUAAUCUUAACAGCUUCUGCAAAUCAGGGGGAGGCAAGAGGGUUUCCUCCAGACAACAUUGCUUUUCACCCCUCUUUUAUUCCUAUUUAAUUUUUACAAGCACUUUUUUUUAAACAAGGGCACCCCAGUUACACAUACUUGGCCGCAGACACUUCAGGAUGCACUGGUAGUCAGCUCCAGUCACGCUCUCACCACCUGUACACGUGUGAUCAUGUGCACCCCGUCCCCUCCUCCUCCUGGUCCAGCCCCCACCUCCCCCCAGCAUGUCUGACCCUGGGGGGAUGGUGAGGACAGGGAAUAUAUGAGGAUGGGGGCAGAUGGGGCUUUCUUAGGUCCCAAGACCCCUCCCAAUGCCCCUUGGGGCCACUCAUUCCCAGGCCUGUGCCCUGUCCUCAUAUGUCCUGGAUGUAAUCUCCUCAUAGAUUCUAGAGCCAGGAGGGCAGGAGCAGGCCUAGGUCAAGUGUGGAUUGGAACUGUCUGGGGGGGGGGGGUGUCACAUAGUCACUCAGCAAACCGCCCCUCUGCCUCCCCACCCGGAGUGGGGUGCCUCACGCCAUCACCUGGGACAGUCUUCUGGACCACCCGUGGUUGUGUUUUCCUCGGGUGCGGGAUGGCGGGAGUGUGCAAGGGGUGCCAGACACGUGGGUCUCAAUGGGCUCAGCCCCUGACCUGGCGGGUGACCUCAGGCCCAGCCCUGCCCCUCUCUGGGCCUCAGUUUCCCCAUCCGUGUCUACCCUUUCAGCCCCGCCCCCCAGCCCUGACCUUGGGCGCCGCACUCCUCCGGACUCCUUCCCCAGCCCCUCGGUUCAUCUGUGCAUUCCUCCGAGGAGUAUUUAUUGAGCGCCUACUGUACCCCUGGGACCGGGCAGCGCGGGGGGCGGCCGGGCCUCGCCCUGUCCUGCGCCGCAGGUGCUGAAGCGGGAGGACCUCCGAAGCCCCUCCCGCCGGGCGGGGCGGGCGCCUUUCUCGGGGGCGGCGUGGGGCCGCGCGCCCCCUGGUGGCAGGACGGCGGAAGAGCGGGUUCCGCGGUGCUCGCGGCGCCCGAGGGUCCCAGGUCCCCCACGGCCCCGGGGGUCCCCUCUGCCUCGCUGCAGUGCGGGGACGUGUCCCGGGCCGGGGAGUGGGAGUCUCAGGCCUCCCCCGCCCCGGGGCUCUGCGGGGCAGCCCUGCCACCUACUCCCCAACCAGCUGGACCGGUUGGCCAGGGGCGAGGCGCCACAGCAGAUAGGACGGCCCUUGGCCACCGGAGCCACGAUUUCCCGCAGCGCCUCCGCGGAGCUGGCAGCGUCGUUUCCAGUAACGAUCGUGUAAGGAACCGUUUAAAGAGAGAGGAAAACACUGCAGUUUUAAACAUACUCAAAUUCUGCGGUUGAAGGCAGAACUAGUAUUUGCACUGGCCCAGCCAAAAUUCCACGCGGCUUUGAUGCUUCAUUUUUAAACACCAAUAAAAACUCCAGGUGGUUACAUGCAACAACGGAAA